UCAUGGGGCAACGCUUCUGCCUCUUCCCAACACGCAACGCCCUCGUUCCCCACCUCCCGCUCUCCCCACUAUUUAUUCUUCCCCCUUCCCUUCCCCUCUCCGGUUCUCCUGCUCCAAUUUCAUUAGGCCUCCCGACCGACCGCCAUGGCGCUUUGCGGGGUCUCCUUCCUCCCCGCGCGCGAUGCGCUCCGGAUCAGCCUUCCGCCCCUCACCUCUUCUCCCUUCCCUUGCUCUCGGCGUUCUUGGGGAUCCAGAAUUAUGCGGAGAAGUCAGGCCACGUGCUCUCUCCGGAAGAUCGACUCCACCGCUCCGUCUGGCGCCGGUAAACCGGCGUUGGAGGCCGAUGAGCAGAUCGGACCCGUCAUGAAGUUCAGGAUGUCUGAUUUUGCAAUCUCCUCUCAAGUUAGCGUCGGUCUUCAUGGACGGGCUGACGAGUUGAUCUUCGAGGCGACUGUUUGUGAUCCCAAUAGCUCGCUUUACAAAUCGAGGGUAGUGCUUCGGCAACUGACUACUGUGCAAGCGAAGCGCAGAGGUCAGCGUGCAUUGGAGGUUCUGAAGAAACUUGCUCGGCGCAAGCUUAUGUAUCACUCCUAUGCAAUGCAAGUCUAUGGUUAUGUGUUCUCCUCAGACAUUGGAGACAAUAUCCCGUUUACAUUGGUGCACGGAUAUCAUGGUAGUUAUUCCCUGAGACAUUGGCUUCAACUCUCAGAUUGGCUUCCCACGUUGGAAGUUACUUUGGCACUAGAUGACGAGUGUCUUAGGAGGGUUGGGGAUGAUACAACAGGUGGACCUGCUGUUAGCCGGCAACAUCGCCUCACCAGAAUUUUAAUGAGAGAUCUUCUCAUUGCAGUCAACUACUUGCAUAGUCAUGGGCUAGCUCAUACAGAACUAAGGCUAGAGAAUGUACAUAUCAGUCCCGUUGACAAACAUGUUAAAAUAGGUAUCCUUGGAAAUGCUGCUGAUUUCAACAACAGCAAUCCAAACCAUAGCACCAAUGAGGUGAACAAUGACAGGAGGAAAUUGAUGAUUGCGUUUGAUAUGAGAUGUGUUGGUUUCAUCAUGGCAAGACUGAUUCUGAAGGAGCUAAUGGAUGCAUCGAUCUUUCUAAAGUUUAAGUCUUUCUUGACAAAGGGAAAUGACCCGUCAUGUUUGCGUGAGUUCCUUUUGCCAAUUCUGUGUCGAGAUUCACCAUCUGGCAAUCCUGGUUUGCAGAUAAUGGAUAGGAACUGGGGUGCUGGUUGGAACCUUCUCUCGCAGUUGCUGGCUUUGAAACCUUCUAAGAGGAUAAGUUGUUUGGACGCACUAAGGCAUCCAUUUUUAUGUGGUCCUAAGUGGCGCACAGGUCCUUCCAUGGAUUUGAUCCGAUGGGGUUUAGGUUCAACUACCGUUCGGAUGUCAGAAGAUUACAUCUACGUUGGUCAUCAGCGAAGUAGGAUUGCUUAUUUCAUAGAGCUGAUGGAGUUGCUGAAUCCAAAUCCUAGAACAAAGGGUUGGCUCAACUUCUUACCCGGUAGGUGGAGGUUGUUAUACUCCACGGGAAGGCAUAUUGGAUUAACUCUUAGACAAACUACCCCGAGAGUCCUUAUCGAUGAUGCAUACCUAACUUUGCGACAAGCUUCAGUUCCAGAUCAUCGCAGCUUUUCACUUGUAUCUAAUAUAAGCUUCAAGAUCAUACCAACACUUCAUUGGCCGCACGACAAGUCUGGGCCUACUGGAAGUUUGCAGGUAAAGUCUCUUGUGAGGAUUUGCCCUGGGAGAAGGCAUUACCCGAAAGAAGAGGAUAGCGAAGAAAGCAGAAGGUUUGCCAUCCACAACUCCGCGUCGGGUCACUUGUCCAGUAGGAAAUGGAAAGGGAUGGACAAUCUUAAAGAGCUUCCCUCCAGCCUUCCAGCUGUUAAACUUACCAUGGAUGAUAUCGAUGUAUCGUUGAAACUUGAUUCUUCCUCAUUGAGUGCCGAUGCCGCCAAGAAAGUGCUUCAGGAGGUCCGCACACAGAUCCCGUUUGAAAUGUUCGACGUGUCUAAAUUCGUUUGCGGUACUUAUGUAGAUUCGAGGAUGAUGGUUCUUCGCGGAAUCAGUGGGUCGGCUUUGCUCUUCACAAGAUCGUGUUCUGUAAAUGAGAAUGUCUAAAAUCCAAAAGAUUUUCAAUAUGUAAAUUCUUCCAGACUCUUUUAAGGCUGUUCCCCUCUGUACAAAUAUAGCAUCAUAUUCUCAAUCCAGCAGCACUUUGAGUUUUA